GAAUGGAGUUUGUAACUUCAAUACGCAGAAAUGGCCUCCAAGACAGUAGCCGAUAAGCCUCAUGCAGUUGUCAUCCCACUUCCAUUCCAGAGCCAUAUUAAAGCAAUGCUUAAAUUGGCAAAAGUUCUUUUCUUUAGAGGUUUUUAUAUUACGUUUGUCAAUACUGAGUUUAAUCACAAUCGUUUUCUCCGUGCCAGAGGCCACAAUUCUCUGGACGGUUUACCCGACUUCCAAUUCGAAACUAUUCCUGAUAGUGUUCCGCCUUCUGACCCUGAUGCCUACCAAGACAUAGCUUCAGUUUUUGACUCUGUCAGGAAGAAUUUCCUGCAGCCAUUUCUUGAACUUGUUGCCAAACUCAAUACAGCUUCUUCUUCCAGGAAUGUGCCUCCAGUUACUUGCAUCGUUGCAGACGGUUUCACGUCAACAUUCACUGUUACUGCUGCUCAAGAACUCGCACUUCCUCUUUUCUUGUUUUUCACUAUCUCUGCUGCCAGCUUCAUGGGAAUUAAGCAGUAUUCUGCUCUCAAGGUCAAGGGUAUCACUCCACUUAAAGAUGAAAGUCAAUUGGAAAAUGGCUAUCUGGACAGCAUUGUGGAGUGGAUUCCAGGAAUGAAAGGCGUUCGACUGAGGGAUCUCCCAAGCUUUUUUCAAACCACGGAUCCAAAUGAUAUUAUAUUCAAUUUCUGCAUGGAAAGUGCUGAGUUUGCUGCUAAGGCAACAGCAAUUGGUGUUCAUACAUUUGAUGCAUUGGAGACAGAUGUUUUGACCGCCCUUUCGUCUAUAUUUCCUCGUGUUUAUGCCAUCGGUCCACUCCAGUUGCAUCUCGAUCAAAUUCAAGAAAAAAGUCUAGACUCUGUUGGCUACAAUUUAUUGAAAGAACAAGCUGAGUGUCUCUCAUGGCUAAAAUCCUUCGGACCCAAGUCAGUUGUUUAUGUUAAUUUUGGAAGCACAACUCUUAUGACCCAAGAACAACUGAAUGAGUUUGGAAUGGGACUAGCUAAUAGCAAGCAUCCCUUCUUAUGGAUUAUUAGGCGGGAUUUGGUUAUCGGUGACUCGGCGAUUUUGCCACCGGAGUUCUAUAAAGACACUAAAGAAAGGAGUCUAAUUGCACAAUGGUGUUCACAAGAAGAAGUCCUUAAUCACCCAUCAAUCGGAGGAUUUCUGACGCAUAGUGGUUGGGGUUCAACAAUAGAGAGUUUGUCGGCAGGAGUGCCAAUGCUUUGUUGGCCUUUUUUUGCAGAUCAGCAAACAAACUGUAGGUACAGUUGCAAUGAAUGGAGUGUUGGCAUGGAGAUUGAUAAAAAUGUCAAGAGAGAUGAAGUUGAAAAGCUUGUCAGGGAACUGAUGGAGGGAGAGAGAGGAAAAGAAAUCAGGAACAAGGCCAUGGAAUGGAAAUAUUUAGCAGAAGAAGCUACUCGUCCAAAUGGUUCAUCAUCCAUGAAUUUGAACAAAUUGGUGAAGGAAGUUCUUUUAUCAAAAGAUUAGACAUCCUCUAAUCUAAUUCAUAUAUGCUGCAUCUUGUAAUGGAAAUGCUCUAUAUUGUAUUGGAAAUCAAGUCCAUCUUAGUGUUA